GCAGAGAACUGUGCGGAGGUUAGUCACAGUUCACACCGUCACAGAUCGUUUGCAGCUGGGGAAGCAAAACGUAGCAUGGCAGCGUGCGAAUACACAUACAAGGCCGGGGAGUAUGACGUGUCACCACAGAUGAAGGAGGACUUUGACCGGGACGGGUUUGUUAUUGUACGGAAUUUGCUGGACGCGGAAGAGGUGGAGAAACUUCGUCAGACGGUAGGGGGCGCUGAUGGCGGGAUGUUGUCUAACGCCUUCCACUCUGCAGACGACACCGGGCGCCUGGUCAAGGUCUGUCUCUGGAAACACCCUGGGAACGACGUCACGGGCAUCAUUGCACGCAGUAAGAAAGUGGCGGGAACGUUUGAAAAGCUCCUUGGAGAAGAGGUUUACCAGUACCACGCUAAGGUCAACAUUAAAGAGCCAGAGCAGGGAGGGGCGUUUUUGUGGCACCAGGACUAUGGAUACUGGUACAACAACGGCCUGUUGUUUCCGGACAUGGGAACAGUGUUCAUUGCUAUGGACAGAGCUGACAAGAACAACGGCUGUCUUCAGGUGAUGCGGGGCUCCCACCGUGCAGGCCGGGUUGAUCACACACGUGUAGCGGGGCAGACAGGAGCGGACUUAGGCAGGGUCAAGCAUUUGGAGAAGGUGCUAGAGGUGGUGCAUGCAGAGUUGGAAGCUGGUGACGCCAUUUUCUUCCACUGUAACGUCCUGCACCGGAGCGACGCGAACAAGUCAAACCGGAUCCGGUGGGGAUAUCUCAUCGCUUACAACCGGGCCUCCAACGACCCCGUGUACGAGCACUACAACGCCUCGUACACACCGCUCAACAUGGUUGAUGACUCGGAGAUCAAGAAGUGCACCAACAUGACGGACUUCUCGGGGAAAUGUUUCACCGACCCCGCCGACAACAAGAACAUCUCUGGGGUGAAAGUCAUAGGCCACUGA